AUGACGGGGAGCAUGCGCACGUCCGACGGGCUACGCGAGCCGACAGGAGCGAUGAAGCUCGAUGCAGAGCGGCUCGCGCUGUACAUGGUCCAGCAAGGCCUCAUCCGGCCUGGAGCCACCGUAGAGGUCAAGCAGGUUUCGCACGGCCAGAGCAAUCCGACGUACCUGGUCACGGUCGAACAAGGCCGCGUUCGGCUCGUGUUGCGGAAGAAGCCGCCAGGCAAGCUCCUUCCGAGCGCGCACCAGAUCGAGCGGGAGUACGCAGUCAUCCACGCCCUGGGCGCCACCGGCGUCCCGGUGCCACGAGCCCGGUGUCUCUGCGAGGAUUCCCAGGUCAUUGGAACGCCCUUCAUGAUCAUGGAAUUCGUCGACGGACGCAUCGAAGUCGACCCCGCCCUGCCGACGCGAAGCCCUGCGGAACGCUCCCGGAUUUACGCGUCGAUGGCAGAUGCGCUGGCAGCCCUGCACUCUGUGGACCCUGCACGCGUGGGCCUGUCGUCGUUCGGCAAGGCCGAGGGGUACUGCGCGAGACAGGUUGCGCGGUGGUCCAAGCAGUACGCUGCUUCCAUGCGCGCAGUCGGCAAAGAGGUCCCGCCAGACGUCCUGCGCUUGGCUAAGUGGCUCUCCUCACACACCCCCCCUGACUCCGCACGCCCCUGCGUGUCGCACGGCGACUUCCGCCUCGACAACCUCGUCCUCGACGCCACCGGAUCCGUCAUGGCGAUCCUCGACUGGGAGCUUUCUACCCUGGGAGACCCCCUGGCUGACCUGGCGUACGCCUGCCUGCCGUACCAUCUCCCAGAGGGACUCCCCCACUUCUACGUUCUACCAGGGGGGGGUUCCCGGCCCGCCCGCGGAGCAGCACUGCCGCAGGGCAUCCCCGAGGAGCACGGGUUCGUCGCUCAGUACUUCCGCAGCCGUGCGCAACGCAGCGGCGGGAAUGUGGCGGCGGAGCCGCCCGCGAAGCAGACGUGGGCAUUCUACGUCGCGCUGGCGCUGUUCCGCGUCGCGGCGAUCCUCGCGGGCGUGCACGCGCGGGCGGCGGCGGGGUCGGCUUCCUCGGCGUACGCAAGGGAGUUUGCAAGUCUGACAUCGAUCGAAAAGAUCACAGCACGGGCGCUGGAGGUCGUUGCGGCGAGCGGCGCUGGGGCGGCAGAGGCGGAGGUGACUGGGGGCGUCGCGAUGGGGCUCGGUCCGCCGGAGGGCGUGAGGGAGCUGCUGGGGAGGGUCAGGGCAUUCAUUGACGGGGAGCUGCUGCCCCGGGAGGCGGAGCUGAUUCAGCACUCCAAGUCGGACCAGAGGUGGGAAGUUCCGGGGGUGCUUGAGGACUUGAAAGCCCGCGCGAGGGAGCAGGGGCUGUGGAACCUGUGGAUCUCUGCUCCGUUGGCGAGAGAGAUGGCAGCGGGAGUCCCUGAGCUGGCAGGGAGUAACCCAGACAGCAGGCUCCUCCUCGGACCCGGACUGACCAACUACGAGUAUGCGUACAUCGCGGCGGAGACAGGCCGCGUGCACCACUACGGCGCGGAGAUCUUCAACUGCAGCGCGCCCGACACUGGCAACAUGGAGGUUUUGGGCCGCUACGGCACCCCCCAACAAAAGCAGCAGUGGCUCCUCCCACUGCUGCGGGGCGACAUUCGGUCCUGCUUCGCCAUGACCGAGCCAGCCGUCGCCAGCAGCGACGCAACCAACAUCCGCGCGACCGUCACCGCUGACCCGCUCGACCCUUCCUCAGUCGUGCUCAAUGGUCGCAAGUGGUGGACGUCUGGGGCAGCGGACCCGCGGACGAAGAUCUGCAUCUUCAUGGGCCGCGGCGGGCCGGAUGCGGACUCUGCGCCCCCCCACAAGCGCCACUCGAUGUGCCUUGUAGAGAUGGCAACGCCCGGCGUGCGCGUGGUGCGGCACCUGAGCGUGUUCGGGUUCGACGACGCCCCGCACGGGCACGCGGAGGUCGAGUUCGACAACGUGCGGGUGCCUGCGAGCAAUCUGGUGCUCGGGCAUGGCCGCGGAUUCGAGAUCGCGCAAGGACGGCUCGGGCCUGGCCGGUUGCAUCACUGCAUGCGGCUCGUCGGGCUCGCGGACCGUGCCCUGGAGCUGUGCGUGCGGCGUGCCAAGGAGCGGUCGACCUUCGGGAAGAAGCUUGUCGAGCAUGGCUCGCUGCGGCACAGCCUUGCGAACGCGAGGGUCGAUCUGGAGGGCGCAAGGCUGUUGGUGCUGCGCGCUGCUGCGGCGAUCGACGCCGUGGGAGCCAAGAGGGCGCGCGGCGUCGUUGCGGAAGCCAAGGUGGCUGCGCCACGCGCAGCUCUGGCCGCGAUCGACGUGGCCAUCCAGGUACACGGCGGAAUGGGGGUGAGCUCAGAUACGCCACUUGCGCACGCGUGGGCGGCGGCGCGGACACUGAGGCUCGCGGACGGGCCGGACGAGGUGCACCUGGACUCGCUGGCGCGUAGGGAGAUCGCGGGACGCGCCUCGAGGCUGUAG